AUGAUUCGCUGUCUGCGCUCGACGCAUUCGACGGCGCUCUCCCAUGCCCAAGUGCAGGCUUUGGACCGCUGCCUUCCUUCCGGCUCGUCGGACGGAGGGGGAACCCGGAACACGGCAUACCUCGAGGCCAAGCUGAGGUUGCUGGACUCUGACUCGAGCACCAGCCAGCAGAGAUCUCUCCCCUCUGUUCCCAACAUGCCCCCGCCCAAAGGGUAUCCCGACGAAAAGGCAGAUCUCCGCGCCGCUCAUGCUCAGCCUACGAACGCCGGGUUUAGUAGGGAGAGCCGGGAUAGAGUACAGGAGGCUCGGGAGGAGUAUCGCAAAGAGAAGAGACGACUGCAGGAGGACGAUUCUGCCUGCAUUGGGUGA